GCGGCUUGGAAGAAGAAGAAGAAGAAGAAGGACCACAAGAACACAAGCAACCCAACAACAACAGAAUAGAAUAGAAUAGUACUACUGUACCAUGUCCAACCUCCCACCUCCCAAUAGCAACGACAUGCUGGGCGACUUGGACUUUGCCGCUCCAUUUAGUGGCCGGCCUCCCUUGGAAAAGAGCAUCAAGGUCGUCCACUGCGAGACAUGCGGCGAAGUGACGCAUCACAUUGAACGAACUCGCUAUGGCAAGAAAAAGGUUCCCUUGACCAAGGAAGGUGUCGUACGAGGUGUUUGUAUGCGCUGUCAUGGGGGCGAAUACGCGAGUAUCAUGGCACCACCAGCGCAAGGAGUUCCACAAGAGCUGGUCGUCAAGAGUGGCGACGAUCAAACGGUCGUUUCGCAAAUUACAUUGGAUCAUCGAUUUGAUGCGCCCGAUGAAUCCGACGAAGAAUCGGGCAAUUUCCGAGUCACACCCGGCCAACGACGACCGGAACCGUCCUUGGGAGAUCCCGAUGAAUACGAACGACCCGCGCCAUUGCGACAGCGACGACAAGAAUCCAAAUCACGGAUUCGACGGCCUUCCGAGACGUCGACGGACGACUUUUUUAGAGAACGAGAACGAGAAAUCCGCAACAAUUUUGCCCCAUUGCCACCUCCGGGCACCAAUUUACAAAACAAUCCUUGGAUGGAAGCGCAAAUGCAAGCGCUAGGAGGAGGACCCGCUCCACAGCCUCAACAAGCUCAACAACAGCAGCAACAACAAGCUCAACCUCCUCAACAACAACAACCACCUCAACCACCAUCACAGCAACAGCAACAGCAACAACCUUUUUACAUGAACAAUAACGCCCAAGUACCGCAAAUUUUUGAACAUCAAGUCAUGCAUCAUCAACCCUACACCAGCAGUACCUAUUUUGGAGCGGCUGCGCCCGGCAUGGGACAUGUCUAUACGACCGAACGACCGCCGUCGAUUGCUUCGUCGUAUGGACAAGAAGAAAAGGCCGAAAUUGAACCCGCUCAUGAUUGGUCCGCUCUCACCAAUGCCUUGCCGACCAAUACAACUACUACUAGUCACAACAAGAAUAUGAAUGCCCCCAAUGUCGGGCAUUUGAGAUCGUUAUCAGAUAUUCCCGAAUUGGUCAAUCACCUCAACUCGAGCAAUAAUUUGGGCGCCACGGCGCUGCCCAUAUUACAACGCAUGGCCGAUAUUGUAUGGAAAUAUGGACAUCAAGCCAAAUUGGCCGUCAUUCAACACAAUGCAUUGGAAGGAUUGUUGUCGAGUAUGUGGGAGAAUAUUGCCGACGCCAGUGUCCAAGAAGCCGCACUCGAUUUGAUUUUUGCACUCGUCUCGUCCAGUGAUGGAUUGCCAUCGUCCGACGUAUUUACGGGAGCGGCCGCGGAAAAUGUCAUUGAUGCACUCCUCAUUGUCAUGCAGACCCAUUUGACGGUGGAAAAUAUUCAACACACGGGAUGUGGCACGUUGGGAUGUCUCGCGGCCGCGUCUGGUAAUAAUUCGGCCGUCGAUGAUGCAUCGCUCUCGGGGGCACUUGAUACCGUCGUGGGUGCACUAGAGUGUCAUCGCAACAGUGGCGUCGUCCAGUGUACUGGGAUUCGAGCACUUUACAAUCAAUGCAUUUAUUCACGACAUGCCGAAUCCAAUAAACGGAGUUUGGCCAAACAUGGCAUGGAAGAAAAGAAAUGUGGUGCUUCCGUGAUAUAUCGAGCCAUUGAAGUGUCCGAGGGGGAUAUGGUCACCAUGGAAUGGGCAUGUCGAUUGUACUGGUGUUUGUCCGCCUCGGAAGAUGUCGCCGAAUUCUUGACUGUCACCAAUCAUCCAAUCUACUUGAUUUUGGAGGCACUCCAACGAUACAAUCAAUCCAAAGUGGCGGGCGGGUUGCUGGAAGCAUCACUCGGUGCGUUGGCCAAUUUGGUGCGGGUGCGGGAAAAUCAUAAAGUGGUCGAUUCCAGUGUCUUGUUUUUGGUCGUCAAGACGGCACAAACCCAUCAAACCAAUGAAGAUUUACUCGUCGAAGCGUGUGCACUCAUUGCCAACCUCAUUGCCUUGUGCUCGGAAAAUGCCACGGCUGCCGUCGAUGCCGAUGCCAUUGAAGUCAUUUUUAAUGCAUUGCAGGCGUUUCCGGAAAGUGUUCCCCUGUUUGAAGAGGCCGUGCGGGCGUUGCUGUCGCUCUGUCUGGCAUCGGAAGACGGAAAACGAUACUUGUGUACACCCGCCAUGCUGCUGUGUCUUUCUGGGGCGAGUAACUCCAAUAUUGACUCGGCGUCGGGACAGGAAAUGUUUGUCAAUCUCAUGGGAUCUUUCAUGGCCAAGAAAGGCUUUCAUCAAACGGUCAUUCAUCAUGGAGGCGUCGAAGCGUGUCUGGCUGCCAUGAAAGCACAUCCCAACGACCGGCGGGUCCAAGAAGCCGCCUGCUUGGCGUUUCGAAAUCUGGCCUGUCACGUCGACGAGACUACCAACUUUGAUUUUAUGGAACCCAUACAACUCAUGUCGUUGGCCAUGGCGAGACAUGCCAGUUCGGAAAGUAUCCAACUCAACUGCUGUCGGACGUUGUGGAAUGUGGCGUCCAUGAAAAAUUCCGGCGGCAUGUUGCAGCAACUCAACAACGGGGAGCUGAUUGAUCCCAUUGUCAAGGCCAUGCAAACACACAUGGAGUCAGCGGCGGUUCUGGAAGUGGCUUGUGGUGCCUUGUGUGGCAAGAUUAUGGGGUCCUUGGAGGGCAAAAAGUGCUUGGUCGAAAGUGGUGGACUGGAUGCCGUCACGUGCGUCCUCGUGAUGCACCCGACCGAACCGGCAGCCCUCGAAAAAGCAUUUGGAGUCCUUUCCAGUAUGAGCGCUUCUCAAGAAUUUGCCGACGAUGUUGCCAAUGCCCAAUGCAUGACCAAUGUGGUGGAAGCCAUGCGCGCCAACAGUUCGUCCAUUACAUUGCUGGAGUUUGGCUGUCUGGUACUCCGAAACAUUAUCCUAUUGAGACCCGAGCAUGUUUCAGAAUCGUCCAGUGUGGUGGCCACCAUUCUGAAUGGUAUGCGGAACAACCCCGACGCAGUUGGCUUUCAACGAGAAGCGUGCAGUUUGCUUUGGGCAAUGGCGGCAGUGUCCGAGUCAUGCAAGUCCAAAGUAUUGUCGUUGGAUGGCAUUGCUGUUUUGCUGGGAUGUCUGGAACACAAUAGUUCCUUUGCCGAUGUCCAGGAUGCAGCGCUAGGGGCUUUCAACCAGCUAGGAUAGCAAAAGACAGAGAAAGAGUUCGGUCGGUCGAUAAGGACAGUACUAGUGUCGAGAGAUCGGGAGCAAAGUCGCCUCUGAAGGGUAGUCGUGCCAUGGACGGAAUGAAAGACGGAAUGAACAAAGCCUUUGGUAACUUCCUCUCGAUAUUGCCCGACGGCGGGGAAGGUGCAAUGCAAAGUAGCUUGUUCUUCUCGAUUAUGGGUUUUAGUCUUUUUUACCACCUUUUGUCAAGGCUUUCUUCACGUUCUCAUUCCAGUACAUCCCCACUACUCCAUGUACCACCACAGAAUGGGCCUCUGAGCCUGCUGCUUUGAAGAUUUCCUCUGAUUCCAGGUCUGUUUCGUUUCGGACUGCAUCCGUGAUGUGGAGAACAAUCGCCCAGGCAAAGGAAACUUGUGCCCACGUAUUGAAGUGUCCAAGCGUUUGCCGUUUCCCAUUGUAUCUGAUGUUCACAACCUGAAAGAAAAACAAUAGUUAGAAAAUACAAAUACAUCUCAAUAACAAAUGUUGAUAGUUUUCCUGCACUUACCG